AUGUUAAGUUCCGUUCAUUGUGCUCAACUUAAUAACAGUUAUUUGCCACCUGCUAAUGCAGCAAGUGCUGGAGGAUCUGGAAGAUCCGGACUUAAAGCGCCCAGUGCUCCAGGUCAAGGUGGUUAUGCUGGAGCUAAUGCACCUUUCACUCCAUCAAGACCUGGAAGUUAUUCAGGUGGUGGCAGCCCUUCAAGACCAUCACCAGGUGGCAGUUACUCAGGUGCUGGCAGCCCUUCAAGACCAUCACCAGGUGGCAGUUACUCAGGUGCUGGUAGCCCUUCAAGACCAUCACCAGGUGGCAGUUACUCAGGUGCUGGCAGCUCUUCAAGACCAUCACCAGGUGCUCCUUCAAGACCCGCAGCUCCAUCUCAACCCAGUGGACCACCAAUUGAAAUCGUUUCAUAUGAAAAUGAAAACAAUGGCGACGGUAGCUACAAAUGGAGCUAUGAAUCUGCUAAUGGCAUCAAGGCAGAAGAAGUAGGAGAUGUGAAGAACAAAGGAUCAAAAGAUCCAAUUCAAGCAGUUCAAGGAAAGUUUUCUUACACUUCACCUGAAGGAAAUUUCAUUGAAAUUUCAUACACAGCUGAUGAAAAUGGCGCAGUUUUUGCUGGUGAUGCCAUUCCAACUCCAGUACCAUUGCCAAUUGAAAAUAUAAAAGCUUUAGCUGAGUUUGAAGCAGCUUACGCCACAGCCGUUCCUGAAACUGCUAGUGCAGGUCAAGGACAUGGUUCACCGUCAAGACCUAAUGUUCCAAAUGCAAGACCUGGUUCAUCGGGUGGAUCACCUCGACCUCAACCUUCUGCUGGCGGUGGUGGUUUCUCAGCUCACAGACCUGGAGGAAGUGGUAAUGGAAAUUACAAUUCUCAAUCAGGAUACAGUUAUUAGCCAAACCAUCUCUGAAUGUGAUGAAGACUCAUUAAGUGUUGAAGAUGUGCUUGAUGCUUCACUGAAAAAUAAAAACAAGGAAUUUCUUCAAUACAUUUAUCUACUUAUUUAUUUUCAGUCGUUCUACGAAAUUAAUAAAGCUUGUAAUAAAAAAGAGUAUUUUAUUAUUGAAUUGACAAACAGACAA